GUCUUGACUCCAGCUCCAUUCCUGUAACACAUGACAUCCCAAUUAAAGAGGGGUUUAGCGCAGAAUUUGACAGUUGGAUGCAAGAAACCUGAGCUCUUUUUACUUUUCACCAUGAAACCAGCUGCAGACAGGACGAGGCUCCUCAUGCAACAUUCUGUGUCUAUACUGUCUGUGUGUGUGUGUGCGUGCGUGCAUGCGUGUGUAUGCGUGUGCGUGUGUCUGCGUGUGUGUGUGUGUAUAUGUAUAUGUAUAUAAAGAACGAGGUGCCCCUCCCCUGCUGUCUCCUGAGACAAGUAUAUAAGAAGGGAGUGAAUUAUUUCACUUCACUUCUUUGCCUCUCCUUGCAGUCUGACCGGGUUGGGACAUUCAAGCUUAAUCAUGAGCAGGAACUUCAUAUCCAAAAAUGAUGAGCUCCGCAAGGGAGACUACCUGCUUUCCAACAAUAGGGAGUGGAAGGCUAUCUUCCAGAAUGAUGGUAACUUUGUCAUCUAUGGCUGGAAGCCUGUGUGGGCAUCAGACACUGAUGGAUCAGAUGCUUUCCGUCUGUGCAUGCAGGCUGACUGCAACCUGGUCAUGUACAACCAGGAUGGCCAGGCCCGGUGGCACACAAACUCGGCCAAGCCCACCCCCAACAUGUGUCGUCUUGAACUGACCGAUGAUGGCAAACUGUUGCUGUACAGGGAGAGUACACCAAUUUGGAAAUCUGAUAACUCCAGAGGCAUGAAAUAAUGACUUGGCAUGCAAAGCUUUUGAAUCUGAAUGCUCUGCAAAGUGAAAGUCACCUCUGAAUGUUAUCUUGACACACAAAUAAACUUGCCUAUCAUCCACUCUGGCCUAAAUUUCACAAUGCCUAAAUGUGUCUUCCUUCUCCUUGCAGUGAGUGGACUUCUUUUCUAAUGACGCAACUUCUGUACUGCAGGAUAGUACAGAGUAAUUCCAAGUUUGACUUUGACAAAAUGAAAAAUUCCAUAUUCCAUAAAUAUUUUACAUAAGAGUGUUUCUACAUGAUGCUUGAUGAUUACAGCUGGAACCCAAAAACGUCUGUAUCAGAAUCCUCUUUUUUUUUUGUAAACUAACUGGGGUGUACAGGAUGUAACCCCAGGUCUGUGAAUCUUCAAAACCAGAAAUGAACGGCUGCACCACACGUGACGCCAAGGAGGAACAGUGAGUUUUUGAAUUUGAAUUGCAACUGCAACAACUGACCACAAGAUGUCCCACUAAUCCUGCUGUAGUCUCUGCGUCCACAUGCCUCAACUCAUCCAGUUUAUUUGAAGCAGUUGCAUAUAAAAAAAUAAUAAGCUGACAAACGUCAUCUCUCAACUCGCCUGCCAUCAAGUAAAAUUUAAAGAGAUUUACCCCAGAUUCAGUGUUAAUUUUCAACCUGUUUUCUAAUGCCUUUACUUUAUAUUUAAUGUCAGCAAUCUUGAGGGAUGAUUGCAACCCUGUCAUGCAAGGUGAA